GAGCUCCUGGCACUGGGAGAAAGCACUUUGAAUUGAAACCAUCAGGAUGCCUGCUGUCUGUGUCUGAUCUGCCGCGGUCAGUGGAGCGCACGGCUGGGAGACAGCGCCACCCAGAGGCAUCGGGCGGUACUGCCACAGUGUGGGUCGCACUCGCCGUCCCUGAGACCCGAUCAGGAGACACUGUCCAAGGUCAAGCACUGAAUCCCCCGAUCUCAGGAGGACCGCAAACCCCAGGGUGAGUUCUGAGGAAGCGAGCCGCAGGCUGUGAAAUGGAGCGGGAGCAGAUGCAAUGCACUCCGGCGGGAUUUGAAUCCCACCUUUCCGCUAACGGCUGCUCUGGUCCGGACGGGGCAGAGGUGAUGGACACUGGAGCUGACAUUUCUGGGACACAGUUGCUCAGACCAACAUCAGAUCACACCAUCUGUGUGGAGGUCUCUGGAGUUCACUUCGGGAAGCUGUUUCCCUUCACCAUUGCCAAGCCAGAAGCAACCUGGAGCCCACGGUAUGUGAAGAUGCCGUUCUCUACUUCCAACAGGCAGAUUCGGUUCGUACCUGGACAGUGUGGUGGAAGGGAGGUUCAUCGUUGGGAGGUUAUAAAAGAGGCUUUGGACAGGCCUGUCUUCAAAACAGCUAAGGACUUGGUGGGAGUGAUCACGCAGUAUAACCCAAAGUAUGCCAACGAAUGGACGUUUAUGGGACUCCAUCACUACCUGAAACAGAUGGAUCACAGUGAACGACAGUUUCUGCUGGAGAAGCUCCUGCCGCAGAUGGCCCGGCUCGCUCUGCGGUUGCCCGAGUUGUGUCAGCUGCCCAUUCAGCUGCUGAGGGUGGGAAUGAAACACGCCAUCUCUAUGUCCCAGGAGCAGGUUGCCUGUCUGUUGGCCAAUGCCUUCUUCUGCACGUUCCCCCAUCGCAAUUCCACACACCGCCGUUCUGAGUACUUCAAAUUCCCAAGCAUCAACUUCAACAGGUUGUUUGAGAUAACCUCACAAAGAACGUUCGAGAAACUGAACACCAUCUUCUGCUACUUCAGAAUGGUUACAGAAAAUAUGCCCAGAGGUCUGGUUACGUUUCAGAGGUGUGGCUUGGAUUCGGCCAUUGAGUGGAAGAGGUCUCAGUGUAAGGUGACCCAACUUCGUGCCACCAGUGAAGGCACCAUAGAGGACGAGGGAAAAGGCCUGUUGCAGGUGGACUUUGCCUCAGCGAUGGUAGGAGGUGGUGUCCUGGGCCAAGGGCUCGUCCAAGAGGAAGUCCGGUUCCUCAUCAACCCCGAACUGAUCGUGGCGAGGCUCUUCACUGAGAGACUGGACGAGUCCGAGUGUCUGGUUAUUACAGGGGCUCAACGAUACAGCGAGUACACGGGGUACAGCGACUCGUACCGAUGGGCGAGACCCCACCACGACACAACUCCACGGGACCCGUGGCUGCGUCGUCAGACAGAAAUAGUGGCCAUCGAUGCCUUGAAGUUUAGCGACCCCAUUGACCAGUACAAACCUGACUGCCUGAAGAGGGAGCUGACUAAGGCCUACUGUGGAUUUUCAUGUCGUGUGAUACCAGACAGCCAGCGGACAGCUGUUGCCACGGGCAACUGGGGCUGUGGAGCUUUCAACGGAGACGUAAAGCUGAAAGCUCUCAUUCAGAUCAUGGCUGCUGCCCAGGCUCAGAGGAACGUGGUGUACUUCACCUUUGGAGACGUUAACUCGAAGACAGCCAUACAGAAAAUGCAUCAAGUUUUGCAAAGCAGAAAUGUCACUGUGGGACAAAUCUACAACCUUCUGGAGAAAUACUCGCAAAUGGCUGUCACAAGGAGCCGACCAGACCUUUACGAUUUCAUUCAGAGCAACGUGGACUGUUUAAGGGGGCGGUACUGACAGCUGAAGGGGAGCAGAUGCCAGCCAACGACUGGGGAGCAAAUCUCAGUGAGAACUUCUCCCGAAUCAGCUGGACACUGAGAAGACGUUACAUUGUGCUGAGGAGAGGCGAAGAGAAUGUGGAACGCCUGCGUCGUGCAUGGACCUACUCUUAGGGUUAAAAUGGUCAAGAUUAACUCUUUGCGUGGAGGAUUCCCUGGUGGUUAGAGUGGCUCCACUUAUUAUGUACUCUGUGGGGGAAAAUAGCUGACCAUGUUCAAAGGUGAUGGUUGUAAGGCAAAGUGAAUGUGGGAAUGGAGAAACGGGCUCUCAGUAAUCUGCAAUGUCACCUAAAGUGCCAAAUGAUGGAAAUAUGGAAUAUAAGACAGAUUUAAGGAUCUGGCAGGAGGUACGGCAGCAGGUAGGGAAGGUGAGGAAAAACUCUAAUGAAGCAAGCAGUUAUGGCUUGGAAUUCACUACAUAUCAGAAUCAGGUUGAAUAUCACUGACAUAUGUCGAGAAAUCUGUUGUUUUGCCGGGAGCAUUACAGUGUGACACAUAAUAUAAAUUACAAUAAGAAAUAUACAUUAAAAAUUUUUUAAAUGGUGCAAAAAGAGCCUAAGAUGGUGUGUGUCUUCGGGCUCCUGUACCUCCUCCCUGAUGGUAGCAAUGAGAAGAGGGCCUGUCCUGGGUGAUGGAUGGUGCCUUUUUGAGGCACCACAUUUGAAGGUGCCCUGGAUGCCGUGGAGGCCAGUGCCCAUGAUGGAGCUGCCUGCGUUUGUAACCCUCUGCAGCGAUUUUCCGAUCCUGUGCAGUGUGGCCCCUCCAUACCAGAUGGUGAUGCGACCAGUUAGAAUGCUCUCUACAGUACAUCUGUAAAAAUUUACUGGUGUCCUUAGUGACCAGCAAAAUCUGAAACUGCUAAUGAAUUAUGGCAGCUGAUGUGCCUUGUGUGUAGCUGCAUCAACAUGUUGACCUGUGAAAGCAAAGACCAUUAAUGUCACUGAAGAGAAGUUGCAUAAGCACUUCUGUCAAAUAAACAUGUAGGGUGCAGGGGAACGAGAAUGGCGGGACAGCUGGGCGCUGACAUUUAGACAAGGACACUGGCAGCACACAUGGUUCUAUUGACGCAGCAAAGAAUAGUUCCUCUUGCCCACUGUGACGUGACCAACGAAGAACACAAAUGCAAUGUUUCCAUCACCUAAUCCAGUGGGUUUGAGAAGCCACCAAUUCUGCCUGUUGCUCAGAACCCCAGAUGCAGCCUGUAUCAGUUUUAGAUGCAGUACCCUGCUCCCACCAGUUGAACUGUCUGCUCGUGUAUGAUGCGGGCAGGGGAGGAGGGUUGGGGUAUACUGCUGAAAUCUUUGAGUGUAUAAAUUGAUAAUACAGUAAAUGCAUAACAGAAUUGGGGUUGUUGUUUCCAGGUUGGUUGUGACCUGUUGCGAAAUUAAAUGGCUCCCUUGCCUUCUGAUAACCAUAGUUCAAAGGAGGUGGUUGUGAACGUUGAUUUCGCUUACUGUAAAUUCUCCCACCCUUUGUUUUUCCAUUCCCCAUUGCAGCUCUCCUCUUCUCCUCACUUGUGUAUUUGCUCCUGGUUCCCCCCUCCUUCCCUUUGUCCCGUGGUCCACUUGUGUCCUAUCAGAUUCUUCCGUCAGCACACUAUUUCUUCCACCUAUCACCAUCCAGCUUCUUACUUCAUAAGAGCGUAACUAGGAGUAGGAGUCGGCCAUCUGGUCUGUUCAGCCUGCUCUGCCAUUCAGAUCAUGGCGGGUCUGGCCAUGGACUCAUCUCCACCCCCCUGCCUUUUCCCCAAAACCCUUAAUCCCUCUACUAUGCAAAAGUAUCUAUCCAACCUUGUCUUAAAUAUAUUUACUGAGGUAGCUUCCACUGCUUCAUUGGGUAGAGAAUUCCACAGAUUCACCACCCUCUGGGAAAGGUAGUUCCUCAUCUCAUUUCCAUCCUAAAUCUACUCCCCCGAAUCUUGAGGUUAUGUCUCCUAGUUCUAGUCUCACCUACCAGUGGAACCAACUUUCCUGCCUCUAUCUUACCUAUCCCUUUCAUUGUUUUAUAUAUUUCUAUAAGAUCUCAUCUGAUUCUUCUGAAUUCCAGUAAGUACAGUCCCAGGCAACUCAAUCUUCCUCAUAGUCUAACCCCCUCAUCCCUGGAAUCAACCUGGUGAACCUCCUCUGUACCACCUCCACAGCCAGUAAAUCCUUUUUCAAGUAAGACCAGAACUGCACACAGUACUCCCAAGUGCAGCCUCACCAGAACCCUGUACAGUUGCAGCAUAAACUCUCUGCUCUUAAAUUCAAUCCCUCUAGCAAUAAAGGCCAGCAUUCCAUUCGCAUUCUUGAUAGCCUGCUGCACCUGCAAACCAACCUUUUGAUACAUGUACACGCACUCCCAAGUUCCUCUGCACAGCAAAAUGCUGCAAUUUUUUAACAUUUAAAUGAUAAUCUGCUCUUUCAUUUCUCCUUCCAAAGUGGAUGACCUCGCAUUUACCAACACUGCCAGACCCAUGCCCACUCAAUCUAACUAUAUCUCUCUGCACACUCUCUCUAUCUUCUGCACAAUUUAGUAUCAUCAGCAAACUCGGUCCCCUCUGCCAGACUGCUGAUGUAUAUAGUGAACAGUUGCGGGCCCAGCACCGACCCCUGAGACACACUGCUCACCAUGAUUGCCAAUCAGAGUAACACCCAUGUAUCCCAACUCUCUGCUUUCUAUUAGUUAACCAAUCCUGUAUCGCUGCUGAUAUAUCACCUCCAACUCUAUGCAUCCUUAUCUUAUGGACAAGUCUUUUAUGUGGCACCUUAUUGACUGCUUUCUGGAAAUUCAAGUAAAUAAACAUCCUUCUGUUCCCGUCUAUCCACUGCACUCAUUAGAUCCUCAAAGAACUUCAGUAAGUUUGUGAAACAGGACCUGCCUUUGCUGAAUCCAUGCUGUGUCUAAUGGAUCCACAUCUUUCCAGAUGCCUUGCUAUUUCUUAUUUAAUGAUAGCUUCAAGAAUUUUCCCAACUACAGAUGUUAAACUAACUGGCCUAUAGUUACGUGCCUUUUGUCUACAUCCUCUUUUGAACAGUGGCAUGACAUUCACCGUCUUCCAAUCCGCUGGGACCUGCCCAGAGAAUUUUGUAAAUCAUUCCAUCAGGACCAGGGGAUGUAUCUAACUUCAGGCCCACAAGUUUACUUAUCUCCCGCUAUCUUCCCACUUACCUGGUCUCAACUAUUACCUGCCAACUUGUACUCUUUCCCUUCCUCUUCCCCCCAUACCUUCCUAUUCUGGCUCCUUCCCCCUUCAUUUCCAGUCCUGGAAAGGGCUCAGAUUGAAAUGUCAGAUGUCCCAGAAGUGACCUUGAUUUUCUCUAGCACUGAUUUUGGAAAAGGGGGUUUUGCUUGGUUAAUAAAGCUAAUCUUAAGCUUAAAUCUUUUGAAUGGCAGAACUAAUUCUUGCUGUAAUGACAAGUGUUGCUUUAUCCAAUAUUAUUCCAACCUCUCUCCUCACACUAACUUCCAACUGGUUCCAAACGUUUUUUCAUAUGCUGCUCCCCAUGAUUUCCUGUCCUUUUCCUUCAAGUAGUGAUUUCAAAUCUGGAUCAUCUUUGAAGUUCUCCAAAGCCUUGGUCCUCUGCGCUUCCUCCAGCUCCACAAAACUGUUUCCUCUAUGCUUUCUGGCUGUGCGUGGGAAGGUGGUGGGAGUGAGGACAGGGGCUUGUUGUGUUGUUACCUCUGUUGAACACUAUGGGCGCGUUGUGUUGGCGCCAGAAAGUGUGGCGACACUUGCGGGCUGCCUCCAGCACAUCCUGAGGUUUGGUUGGUUGUUAAUACAAACAACACAUUUCACCAUGUUUCGAUGCAUGUGAUGCAUAAAUGAAUCUGAUUUUGACUCUCAAACCUUCCUAUUCCCUU